UCAAACAUUUUUAAUAUGUGAAUAACACGACAAAAUGUAAAUAUUUCACGUUGUUUCAAUACUAAAAGUGCCUAUAUAUUGUGAAAUUUACUUUAUUAUGCGUGUAACCUCGCAAAUUUUAGCCAUGUCUAAAACAUUCAGUUAUUUCGCAUAUGGAAGCAAUUUACUUUCAAAACGUAUUCACAUCAACAAUCCAAGUGCGGUGUUAGUUGGACCUGGCAAGCUGUUGGAUCACAGAUUGGAUUUUUUAACUUACUCAAAAAGAUGGGGAGGAGCUUCAGCUACAAUUGUCCCAAUGAAGAACUCUCAUGUUUGGGGAGCUAUUUGGGAAAUAGAUAAUGACCACAUGAAGUGUUUGGAUAACCAAGAAGGUGUUCAAGACAACCUUUAUUUUGCAAAAACAGUAGAAAUUGUUCUUCCUAAUGGUGAAAAGAGAACCUGUAGGGUUUAUCAACAAACAGCAACUCCUGAACAUGUAGAUGAUAUAAAAGAGCUUCCAAAGGAUCGUCAACCUUCCACUGUUUAUUUAACUACAAUUAUCUUAGGUGCUGAAGAGUCUUGUUUACCAGAUGAUUAUAGAGAAUAUUUAAAAUCCAUUCCAGAUAAUGGGUAUAAAGGGAAAGUUGAUAUUGGGCUUGAUCUUAAAAUAGUAGAUUAAUUAUUUUUAAAAUUGCCUCAAAAUACCUAAUUAGUCUACUUUAAAAAAUUCUGAUCAAGUUUGUUGUAAUCACUAAAUAUUUCUGUAUAAUAUAUGUGAAUUUGAAAAUUUUUGAGUUUUAAAAAAUUUUGAAGAAAUUAAAAUAUUGAAAAUUUAAAAAAAUAGUAUUAAGAGAAGUUGUUACAUUCUUGAUUCUUAAUAAGUUUUAUUUGAAAAUUUUUUUGAUAUGAACGGAUAUAUAUAUUUUUAUACCAGUGUAGAGGACAACCUGGUGAUGAUGUCAAAAUUUUAAUUAAAACAAUUAAUUUUAAACGAUAUUGUAAACAA